UUGACCAUCUGGUGGAGACUAUCAGCUCCUGCUACUUCUCACCACCAUCGCUCUGAGACCUCUCGCAAUCUCACGUCAAACCCAGCUGAAACAGCUCGAGAAGCACAGCCAGCACAGUCUGUGUCCAGUCUCUGUCUCCAUUCUCUUCUUACUCUGUGUGUGUUCUCUUCUCUCUUCUCUCUUCUCUUCUCUCUUCUCUCUUCUCUCUUCUCUCUUCUCUUCCUCCUCCCCCUUCUCUUUCCACACCCUCCACGCUCCAGAUUAUUAAUCCUUCCCUGAACCUUAUUUCCCAGCUCAGAAAGUAUAAAUACCCUUCCUCUAUCUCCCUCUUUCUUCUUUCUCUUUCUUUCCCAUCUUCUCACCACCAUGAGUUCUGCCACCUUCUACAACAGACCUGACGCCAAAGACGACGACCUCUGCUUCUCUCUGUCCUCUAUAGCUCCUCCUGCUGCCUCCUCGCCCUUCCAUCCCACCCUCGACAUCCUGGACUCCUCCAGCAAUCCCACCACCACCUCCACCACCUCCAGCCUGCCUGUCUUUGCUAGCUCUGACACUGUCGACUCGACUCACUUCAAUUACUUCAACAUCCCCAGCUCUCCCUUCACACACGCCCACUCCCCCUCCACCUUCACCAACUCCUACAACUCCUACAACGCUUAUCAGCUCCAGCAAAACCACAACCGGUACCACGACCAGCUUCUUACUCCUUUCACAAAUAAUUCCCUCGCCAAAAAGUACCACAUAUUCAACGAAUACGCUGAUCCAGACAGCUACGCAAAAACCCUCUUCAACCACAACGACAUCAACAACCUCAACAGCUCCGAUCUCAAUUUGAGCUUUUUGAAACCUCUAACCCCUCCAACCGACUCCAAUUUCAAAUUAAACAUCUGUGAUAUCGACUACGACCACACUUACGACUUCAAUUACAACGACAACCUCAACAACAUCAACAACAUCAACAUCAACAAUGACUUGUCUCUCUACAUGAACAUUUCCGAUCCAGAUUACAAUCUAGAUAUAAAUGACGAUUUCAGUGAUGACGACGACGACGAUAUCGACAUUGACAUGGAUAUUGACACCCACAUUGAUAAUGAAAUCAAAAAUAACAUAAAUAACAUAAAUAACAUAAAUAACAUAAAUAACUCAAAUGAUAUAAAUAUCGAAAAUAAUUCAAUUGAUUUUGACAACUAUAUAAAUGUCAGCAACAAUACUACGACUGCUAAUAAUAAAAAUGGUAAUGAAGAAGAAGAAGAAGAAGAAGAAGAUGAUGAUGAUGAUGAUAAUGAUAAUGAUGAAAACUCAGCUUUUCAUUUCUUAAAUACUUCCAAUUUAGAUAUCUCAUUCGACAGUUCUAUUAACGAUAAUCUAUCCAAUGCAAAUAUAUCAGAUUUCAAUGACACAAACUCCAUCAAAUCCAUAAACUCAUCCUCAAACCAUUCCUACUCCCAUUCUCAUUCCUCGGUCUCUUCAAUCUCUGACUACUCCUCCUCUUCCUUUUACGACAACGAGUUUUCUCCAUCCUUUGGCAACAGGAAAAAGAACAACAACAAAAAUAACUCGUCUUUGAGAUCCAUUUCUUCCCCAUCCUCUCCCUCCUCUCCCUUUAUCAACGCUUUUCCUAUCUCAAAGCAAAACAAACCCAAUUCGAAAAAUCAAAGAAAAAACCGUCGUUCAUCUUCUGCUCCCUUAACAAAUAACUCAAACCCAAUAUCCAAGUCUCUUCCCUCCUCUUCAAACAUUCUCGCUUCCAACUCAAUUAUCCACUCCAAAUCAAGAUCAAACUCAUCGGUCAUAAAUACUCUUUCCUCCAUGAACACAGAACACCAGUGCCACUUGAAAAACCCAUUGACUGGCAAAGAAUGUUUGAAAUGCUUCUCAAGACCUUACGAUUUGAUUAGACACCAAGACACCAUUCAUGCUGAAAAAAGAAAAAUCUUCAGAUGCUAUCUCUGUGAACAAGAAUACAAAUCCUACUUGAACCAAAUUCUAAAAAAGAGCAGCAAUGUCAAUAUCAGUAUCAACGUAAACGAUAAUGAUAAUGAUAACGAUGACGAUAACGAAAAUGAAAAUGACAAUGACAAUAACAACUACACUACUUACACUACUACUUGCACUAACAAUGAUAAUCACUACACUAACACUACCUUAAUUCCAAACUCAAAAACCUCAAAGAAUAAAGUUAAACCCAUACAUCCCCCAAAAACUUUUAGCAGAAAUGAUGCUUUAAGCAGACACCUUCGUGUGAAACAUGGUCUAAGUGCCAUCGAUGCCUCUGAAGCUAUGAAGUAUGCUAAAGAACAUGUUGAAUACGUUUGAAUUCAUUUCUCCUUCCAAACUCCCCCAAACUUCUCUAGUCUCGUCCAGUCUCGUCCAAUCUCACUCAUACUUACUCAUACUCAUUUAACUUUAUCCAAAUUCAUUAAUCUCAUUUAUAAAUCAUUCUUUAUUUCUCUAUCUCUUUAUUUUUUCACUUUUCUCAUCAUUUAUUUCCUUAUGUUUCCCCAUAUUUCCUCAUAUCUUUGUAUGUUUUUAUUUUUCUUUUUAGUUUCUCUUCGAUGGUUUUCAGGUUCAGUAAAAUUAAUGGACACUUUCUAAAUUGUCGUCUCAAUUAACAUUUUGCGUUGGUUGGUU